AUGUACCCCAUAAUACGCUGGGUGUUGUGGGUGAUUUCACCAUGUGCGCUUAGCUUCAGACCACGCAUUAGAUUAGAAUUCUGGGGAAAUCCAGUGUUUCGGGGUUCAAAAUUGGCUUUUUUAUUUGUGAGAUCUUGUGCUCUUUCCCCUUCUUUCCUCCCACCUUUGCAUUCUCCAGGAUGUCACAGCUAUGAUGACCAUGGCAUAGCUCAUCUGGAGGCUGGAAAAAGUAAAAAUGUGGUCAAUCUGGGAGCCAUAAGACAAGGAAUGAAGCGAUUCCAGUUCCUCCUCAACUGCUGUGAACCAGGGACUAUUCCUGAUGCCUCCAUUCUUGCUGCAGCUUUAGAGAUUUGGAGGCUCCUGUGGUGGCAAGAGCUGCUCUCUUCCUGGAGUGUGCACGCUUUGUGCACCGGUGUAAUCGUGGAAACUGGCCAGAAUGGAUGAAAGGACAUCAUGUUAACAUUGCCAAAAAAGGCCUUUCUCGUGGUCGAUCUCCUAUAGUGGGAAACAAACGUAAUCAGAAGCUGCAAUGGAAUGCAGCCAAGCUGUUCUACCAGUGGGGAGAUGUAAUAGGUGCCCGUCUUAAUGAGGUUUGUCACAGCGAAAGUGAAAGUCCAGCCAAUCUGCUAGGCCUUAUCUAUGAUGAAGAAACCAAGAGAAGGCUGAGAAAAGAGGAUGAGGAAGAAGACUUUUUAGAUGACAGUAAGGAGAAUCCCUUUACUACAAGAAACCCUGCUUGUUCCGUAAACCCUACAAAGUGCGGCUGCCCUUUUGCUCUGAAGAUGUCUGCAUGUCAGUUGCUCCUGGAGAUCACCACUUUCUUAAGGGAAACAUUCCCAUGCCUGCCCAGGCCUAGGGCUGAGCCUCUUGUGGAUCUGGAGACUUGUCGACUUCGUCUGGAUCCAGAGAUGGACCGGCACAGAUACGAAAGGAAAAUAAGUUUUGCUGGAAUCCUUGAUGAGAAUGAAGAUUCUAAAGACUCUCUGCACAGUAGCAGCCACACCUUGAAGUCAGACACAGGAUGUGAAGAAAAGAAAGUUCCCAGCAGGAAGAUCAGGAUAGGAGGCUCCCGCCUGCUCCAGAUAAAAGGAACCCGCAGUUUCCGGGUGAAGAAAGGGGGCUCCCUGUCCAGCAUUCGCCGGGCCGGCAGCCUAAAGAGCACCAAACUUACACGGCAGGACUCAGGGUCCGAGAAUGAGGACAUCCAGCUGUCACAGAGCAGGGACACUGUAACUGACAUAGAAGGGAGCCCAUGGAGCACUAGUGAACCCAGUAUUGAACCAGAUGGGGGCAACAUUGGCACUGAAGAAAGCUAUCACCGUAACAUGUCUUGGUUGCACGUAAGUAGUGAAAAGUAA